UGCCCAUGCGCGAACUAGAUGCGCAGAAAAAAUAUUACCGCCGAGAAAGAAAAAAAUGUUCCGUCAAAAACCACGGAAUGCUCCAAAUAAGAGCUCUGUUUUUCUUUCUCAUGAACAGUGGCAAUAUUCUGGAAACGGGUACAAGCGGUUGAGCCAAGUACCUAAACAUGUUCUGGAAAGUGUCAGUGAUAAUGACAUACCCCUUACAGUUACUAAACUUGAUGAUGGAAGUCUCGAUCCAGAAUGUGAUAAAGAACAAUUCUUUCAAGACUUAAAGGGAAUCCUAGGAAAACUAAUGAACUUUGAGUCUCGUAGAGGUCAGGAUGAUUCCGGAGCCGACGAUGAGCAGAAUAAAUAUGCAGUUAGCUUGUAUAAAAAUGGUGGAGUGGAUGUACUGGUCAGAAUUUUGAUGUUUCCUUCUUUAUUUCCACCAUUCACAAAAUAUAGGAGAGAAUCAGACAAAGACUUAAGAAUUAAGGCCAUGGUGCUAGAGAUACUUACAAAAAUGACACCAACUACUGUUGGAGAACAGGUCACAACCUACUUGAUGGAACAAGAGGAUGUACUAAGUUAUAUGUUCACAUUGUUAGCACACCAGAAAACUUUCAUUAUAGCCUGUCAGUUGAUAGAAGACAUGCUACAGUCCAAAAAAAUACUUCUAGAUCUGAACAAAAUAAAUAAUAUACAAACAUUGAUACAAUGUCUCAAAGACGACCAACUCGCCAACUUUUGUAGAAUUCUCGCAGUAGCAAUCUCAGACCUUGAUAUUUAUGACAACAAAUCCUCAUUAUUUGCACAAAAUAAACAAAAAAGAAGUAAAGGUUUUGUAAAUGUACGGGACAUAAAUCAGGAGUUACUUCUUGCUAUACCAGAACUUUUACCUAGACUCGUAAACCUUGCAGUGUCAAAAGCUUAUACUCCACGGUUCCCGGGAAUGGUGAGUGAAUUAGAUUGUUGGAUGGAGUGGAUAGAGAACCAGAUGGCAGAGGAACCAUACGACAACCCACUUGAUGAUGAGAUGGAAGAUUUUAUUGGAGGUAUAACAGCACCAACUACAGCAGAAAGUCCUAUGCAGAAACAACAAGGCCUAACAAUAACAGAGGAGCUAGUACAAAGAGUGGAAGUUGUUUAUGUUUUAGGUCUAUUCUUACUGGGUAAACAUAGAAAAAAGGUACAACGAAAGUUAGCAGAAUUAAAGCUGGCACCAGGCCUCAGUGAAUUGUUUGACCAAUUUAUAUGGAAGUGUCAAGUAGGUAGAUAUACAAAUAGGCAUAGGAUGAGAGGACAUAAUGCAGCUUGUGAAUGUAGUCCUGAAGUUGCAUUGAAGAUACAGUUUUUAAGAUUAGUCCAUAGUUUCUGUGAUCAUUCAGACUACAAACAUUUAUUGUUGUCAAAAAGUGAACUUAGUGAAGUCAAACGAAUAAAUGCCAAAGCAGGCUCACUACAACUGGCAAAUUUAGACAAUGUUAACAGACAGUUAAUGUGUAGAGGAAACAAAGGUCUGUUGACAAAGAUUGUUGAGGUGAUGAAGAAAGAGCCAACUACUUCCACGUUCAGAUUUUGGUUGGCACGAGCUGUAGAAAGUUAUCUGAGAGGUAACACAUCUUACUGUGAUCAAGUCUUCCUGAUGAGACGUGGACUUCUUCAGCAUGUGGCUUCCAACAUCGUAGAACAUGAGAUCAGACAUAAGGAGAUUCUACAGAGUAGCUUUGAUCUGCUCGGUGAACUAGUCAAAUUCAAUAUUGAGGCUUUUAGAACCUUUGACAGUAUUUUAACAACAUCAGAAAAGUUUGACAAGUUCAUUACAACGGUGAACAGAAAUCUUGUUGACUCAAACAUGUUUAUCCGCAGCCUGAUCUUGUCACUGGAACAUUUCCGUGCCGAAGAUGAAGCCAUUAGUGGUCCGCCAAAAAACAACACUGAUUAUGUACGCAAGGAUAGUAGAUUAUUGAUGUACAUUGGUGAUUUCAGUCGACAACUUGAUUAUCUCCACAAGUUGAUCACAAUUAUAGAUGUUCAGAAUCUUACACAGGAAAAUGUAAGUUGUCUGAACACGACCCUGGUGUUCCUUAUGUUUGCCAACCGGAAGAACCAGUUGGGACGUUACCUACAGGCAUUAAAAGAUGAGAAGGAAGGCAUGUUGGAGGUGAAUGGUUCAGUACAAUUCAUGACAAACUUUCGUGAUCUGUUACUCUUCUGGCAAGACCACUAUCUCCAUAAAGAUAAGGACUGUAGUGCCUUAGAAAAGAGUUCAAGAAUAAGUUUUGAUUACUGGAAACAGACAGUUGCUACACUUGUGUGUGACGAUCAAGACAAUGAGUGUGCUAUUGUACAUUACUGUGUACGACCGCCAUGUGAACGGACUAUUUAGUGUGUGUGUAUGUAGAUAAACAAAAAGUUAGUGUGUGUAAAUAGGCUUGGAUAUUCACUGGAUGUGGAGAACAGUGGUAUGAAGAUGAAAUAUAACGGCAUCAAAUGUCUUAAAUGACUGCCUUGAAAAACAGAAAUAGAUUACUUGUGCUAUAUGAUUCUUUAUAAAGGUGAUGCGGUGCCUAGGUGGGAAGGGAGGAAAGGAUCGAGUUCUUGCUAUGCAUGACCAGUAUAUAUAAAGGUCAAAGGUCAGUAGUGUACAAAAGGUACAAAACAAAACACAACAGAUAGAAGAAUGGAAUAUAAAGUUGGUAAAAUGUCAGUGAUUGUGGUUGUUGUGAAAUGGUUUACUUGGAAACACAAAGCAAAUAUUUUAUACUGUGAUUAUUAAAAAAAAUUACUAUAAUAGUUUAACUAUAAACUGAUGUUAUAAGAAUUUUCAGCUCUGAACUGUCAUAAAUUUUAUAGUCUAAUAAGUUUUAAUAUAAACUAAAGUUCUUAAAGCUUUAAAGGGACUCCACAGAGGUUUUUUGACAUUAUGGGACUGAAAAUAUUUUUUCCAGAUAAAUGCACCAUUUGAUGUAGGUUUAGGCCAUUAUUUUUUGUGCAAAAUUUCAGAUUAUUCGAGCACUUGGUUUUUCCAGAAUAAUUAUUCAAAUUGUAAAAAAAUGACCCAAAAUAAAAAGCGUUUAAAUGCUUUUCACUCAAAUUGGGCUGGAAAAGGCAUAAAAAUAUGAUUUUCAAUUUAUUUCAAAGUAUAUUUUUAACAAUCUUUGCAUAUAUUUCUGGUUAAAGUGCCCCAGCUCAUUUAUGUAAGAAAUUCAAAUGUUAUGUUUUUAGGCUUUUAAACCUCAGUGGAGUCCCUUUAA